UUACUUUAAACGGGUUGAGUAAGAAUCGUUCUUCUCUAAUGUGUAGCUCAUGUGUACAAAAAGUAUUCUUUAAUUUUCGAAGAAUCUUGCAAAAUCAAACAGUAAAACUGGCGACUUUUAUCCUGAAAAAUCAACCAUGAAGACACGGUUUAACUCUUACGAUAUAACAUGUGGUGUCGCAGAGCUUCAAAGGUUAAUUGGCUUGCGUGUAAAUCAGGUGUAUGAUAUUGACAACAAAACAUAUCUUUUUCGGCUUCAUGGAGGCGGAGCUUCGGAGAAGGUUACAUUGCUGAUUGAGUCUGGCACGCGUUUUCACACGACUGCAUUUGAGUGGCCAAAGAAUGUAGUGCCUUCAGGAUUCAGCAUGAAGCUAAGAAAGCACUUAAAAAACAAGCGACUUGAGCGUAUAAGUCAAUUGGCCACGGACAGAAUUGUCGAUUUUCAAUUUGGCACUGGGGAAGCUGCUUAUCAUGUUUUGUUGGAGCUAUACGACCGAGGAAAUAUUAUUUUAACUGAUUACGAGCAAAUAAUAUUAUACAUCUUACGACCUCACACAGAAGGAGAAUGUUUGCGUUUUGCCGUUCGGGAAAAAUAUCCCAGUGGCCGAGCACAAGUUGGAAACAUUGAGCUGUCGGAAGAAGCUCUGCGUGAAAUAAUAGAGCAAUCAAAUGUUGGUGAAGGUUUGAAACGUAUUCUAUUGCCAGUUUUAGGCUGUGGUCCAGCUGUAAUUGAACACGUUCUAAUUGAACAUGGAAUAGAAAAUUGCGUUGUUAGUGCGCAACAAGAACAAACAGAAACAUCGAAAGCAAAUAGAUGUAAAAAAAAUAGGCGUAGCUCACAAAUAAGUAGAGCUGAUACUAAGUUAUUUGAUUUUGCGACCGAUCUACCAUUGCUAGUGAAGGCUAUUCAGAGCGCUCGUGAUAUAAUGGACUUGGGACAGAAAGGAAACUGUAAAGGAUUUAUAAUUCAAAUUAAAGAAGAAAAACCGUCAAGUACUGAAAGUACUGACCAUUUUUAUAGAAAUGUUGAGUUUCAUCCGUACCUAUUUUCUCAGCACAAAAAAAUGCCUUUCAAAGAGUAUAACACAUUCAUGGAAGCAGUAGAUGAGUUUUUUUCUACGCAAGAAUCGCAAAAAAUUGAUAUGAAAACAUUACAACAAGAACGAGAAGCCCUUAAAAAGCUUUCUAAUGUUAAAAAUGAUCACACAAGGCGGUUAGAAGAACUUAACAAAGUACAAGAUUUAGAUAAGAAAAAAGCGGAACUAAUAACAUGCAAUCAAAGUUUGGUGGAUAAAGCUAUUUUGGCGAUCCAGUCAGCAAUAGCAAGUCAGUUGUCGUGGCCAGACAUACAGGAGCUUGUAAAAGAGGCCCAAGCUAAUGGUGAUAUUGUAGCACGAUCGAUAAAAAAAUUAAAGUUAGAAAUCAAUCAUAUAUCGUUAUUGCUAACUGAUCCAUAUAAAUGCGGAAACGAAUAUCUGAAUGAUGAGAAUGGUGCUGAUAAUGAUGAUUCGCUUUUAAUAGAUGUUGAUUUGGCCUUAUCCGCAUGGGCUAAUGCAUGCCGAUAUUACGAUUUGAAGCGUUCAGCGGCUCUAAAGGAAAAAAAAACGAUCGAUGCAUCCCAAAAAGCACUCAAGUCGGCUGAACGUAAAACGCAACAAACUCUAAAAGAAGUACGCACCAUAUCUAAUAUUGCCAAGGCACGUAAGGUCUUUUGGUUUGAAAAAUUUUUUUGGUUUGUUAGUUCCGAGAACUACUUAAUAAUUGGAGGAAGGGAUGCGCAGCAAAAUGAACUCAUUGUUAAAAGGUACAUGCGUCCAAAGGAUGUAUAUGUCCACGCCGACAUUCAAGGUGCAUCAAGUGUAAUAAUUCGAAAUUCUACUGGAGGAGAUAUUCCACCCAAAACAUUAUUAGAAGCUGGUACUAUGGCGAUUUCGUACAGUGUUGCGUGGGAUGCAAAGGUUGUGACAAAUUCAUAUUGGGUUUAUAGCGAUCAAGUUAGUAAAACUGCACCGACAGGUGAAUAUUUGGGCACAGGCAGUUUUAUGAUUCGCGGAAAAAAAAAUUUUUUACCAUCUUGUCAUCUGAUAAUGGGACUAAGCAUACUUUUUAAACUUGAAGAUAGCUUCAUACAACGCCAUGUAGGGGAACGUAAAAUUCGAAGUACAGAAGAUGCUAUUGAUCAAGAAAAUGUUAAACAACCAGAAAUUACAUAUACAGAUCCUAAUCAAAUAACCGAGCUUAACGAUGCAAACAGCGACUCCGCAAUAAAUGUUUUUCCAAACACUGAAGUAAAGGUUGAACAUGAUACCGGCCGAAUAACAAUUAAAACUGAGUUAUUAGGUGAAGAUAUAAAAACUAACAUUAUUGAAUCACAACAUGAUAAUCCAAUAAAUGAAGAAGAUGCAGUCAUUAUAAAAGCCGCACCAUCCCGUAAAAAAAAUCAACAAACAAAAAAAAGAAAAGAAUGCAAAGGACACAUGGAAAAAGCAGAUCUUGAAAGGCUCCAAAAUAAUUCGCCAGAAAUUCAACCCAUUAAUUCCUCCAAAGUAAAACGAGGCCAAAAGGGAAAAUUAAAAAAGAUGAAACAAAAAUAUAAAGAUCAAGAUGAUGAGGAACGUGAAAUACGAAUGAUGAUUCUUAACUCUUCAGGAAAGGACAAAUUGAAAAUUAAUAAUGACAAAGAUGAAGACAAACCUAACAUUUCAAAUAAAAUAGCUCCAGUAGAAAAAUUAGAAACCGCCAUCCCCAAAAACCAAAUUGAAAUUGAAGAAAACGACGAUCUUCCGAUAACCACUGACGCCGAUUUGUUAGAUAGCCUCACUGGUGUGCCUUUCGAUGAUGAUGAGGUGUUAUUCGCUAUUCCAGUUGUAGCUCCGUACCAAGCAUUGCAACAGUAUAAGUUCAAAGUAAAACUUACGCCUGGUACCGGAAAACGUGGGAAAGCGGCUAAAUUAGCACUCAGCAUUUUUUCAAAAGACAAAGCUUGUAAUAACCGAGAAAAGGAUUUGCUGAAGAGUAUUAAAGAUGAAGCUCUUGCACGAAACAUCCCAGGAAAAGUAAAAAUUUCUGCACCUAUGUUACAAAAGUUACGAAAGUAAAUAUCGACGACCAAAAUGGCAAUUCUUUAUUCGAAAUUAUAAGUAAACUAUGUACUUAUAAAAAUAAGGAAACUAAAUUAUUAUAAUAAAGUUUACUUUGGAAUUAUCAAAUACAAGUGAUAACGGAAUAAAACGAAAAAAGCUUAUGAGUCAAUUUUUCCGCAUGAAAAAUGGCGCAGAUAUGUUAAAUGAUUAUUAAAAUUA